UUCAUUCUCAGAAAUAUUUUACCGGGAAUGAAAAAAACCCAAAAUAUGAAUCACUCUCUGAUUUUUCAUCUGUGUGCUCUAAAAAAUUAUAUGUUGAAAUUCAUAUCUUCGUUUUAAAUAGGGAUUUAAUAUUUUAACUUUAACAAUUAUAUUUCUGUCAACUACAAUUCCCAAAACACAAUGUUUAUCAAGUUUAAUAAAACCAAUGAUGGAAUAUCAAUAUUCAACGAUAUUAGAAUCAGAAAUGGCUGAUUUAUAUUGGACAGUCAAGAAUGAUGAAAUAACAUUUGAAUUGCAUAUAAAGACCUUAGGAUGGAUAGCAUUAGGAAUAAGUCCAGAUAUGUUUCUGAAGGAUCGUUAUGCAUAUGAUUUUGCUACGCCCGUUCUCGACAAUACAACAUAUGACUGGUUUGUAAUCAUGGGUAAAGAAGAAAAUGGUUGGACAGCAAUACAAUUUACACGUAAAUUGGAUACAUGUGAUAUAAUGGAUGUACCGAUCACAUCUGGUACAAAUGUAUUAAUAUUUGCGUAUGGUUUAACUGAUCCUGAUGAAUGUGAUGAAAUACAUUAUCAUGAUAAAAGAAAAGGUAGUCGAAUAAUUCCAUUGUUAUCCUAUGCUAAUCCACCAGAUGAAUCAAAAUUCAAAGAAUUAAAUACAUUUGACUUUCGUUUAAAUAAUUAUAUUGUUCCACCAAAUGAUACAACGUAUCAUUGUAAAAUAUACAAAAUACCAACAUACAAGGAAAAACGUCAUGCUAUCGCUCAUAAAAUGUUAAUUGACGAUGAAAAUCGUGAUCUUGUUCAUCAUUUAUUAAUAUAUGAAUGUGAUCCAAGUGCUAUGUUUGAUGAUAAAAAUUUACCAGAUGAUGUAUGUGAUAAUAUUUAUGGAUUACUUCAAUUAUGUAUGUCAAAUAUUGCCACUGGAUGGGCAGUUGGAGGAGAUGUGAUGGUUGAAUUUACACCCGAAGCUGGUUAUCCAGUUGGAGGUGAUUUUCCCAUAAAAUAUUAUUUAAUACAAAUGCACUACGAUAAUCCAAAGUUAAUAUCAAAUCGUCGUGAUAGUUCUGGCAUACGAUUUUAUGUAACUUCAACAUUACGAGAACAUGAUUUAGGUUAUCUAACAUUGGGAGCAGAUUCAAGUCCUGUAGGAAUUGUUAUACCCGCAGAUUAUGAUCGAUUUAUUAUUGAUGGAUAUUGUAAUGCAAAUUUUACAAAAAAGAAUAUUCCUGCCACUGGAAUUACUGUUGUAUCUGCUUUUCCACAUACACAUCUACAAGGUAAAACUGUAUGGACAAAAAUAAUUCGUAACAAUACAGCAAUACAAUAUUUAUUUAACGCUGAUUCGUAUGAUUUCAACUAUCAAUAUGAAAAUCGUCUACCAGAAAAAAUACAACUAUAUCCGGUAAGAUUCUAUAUGAAUAUUUCAAUAAUUUAUUAUCGUAUUACAUUUUAAAUAUUUUUUAAAUAGGGAGAUGAAUUUGCCACUCGUUGUGUUUAUUCAACAAAAAAUAAAAAUGUGUCUACACUAGUAAGAUUUUUUCAUAAGAAUGUGAUUAUUAGAUUUUUAACUGCCAUUAUAUGAGAAAAUCAGGCAGUAGUAGGCAAGUAGUGAUUGUUAAAGUAACGGAUCAGGAUUUAAUUUUAGAACAUGAAUAUAUCUAUAAAAAGUAAGUUAAUUUCAUUGCUUAUUUUUGUUUCAUUUAGAAAAUUGUUAGAGAAUUUAACGUAGUAAAGAGACUCAACUUUGCGAAAAAUGCUUCUUUAGCUGCCCUAGUGAAGCUUUUUUUCUCAAGUACAUGAGCAAGCACAUACCUCAAGAUUUGUCUCCCUGCACAUGAAUUUCUUACUCAUGCAAAACGCUUGAGGUAUGUGCUUGACUUUCUUGUCUCAUGCGCUUG